AUUUAUUUCUAUAAACAUUUCCCCGCCAUUUGUUGUAUAUCUAUCUCUCUACUUUCUCUCUCUAGGGCUUUUUUUGGUUUUUUUGGUUCAAAUUCUUCUAUAGUAGUCCGAACUGUCAAUUGAGAUUCCCCAAUUUCCAACUUUCCGAUUCGAAUUCCCAGCAUUUUGGAGCUAAAUGACUGCUGAUAGUCACCGGUAAACAGUUCAUCACCUAGCACACGAUUGAUUCCAUGGCGAGUUCAAGUGCCAGUGGCGGAAUAGGCAUAGCCCUAUCCAACACUGUUCACUCCGAAGUCGUGCCGUGUCUGCCGUUGCCGUCGAUGCCGGUGUGCUGCGGGGCCGUCGAGCAGGAGCUACGGCUGUCCAGUGAGCAGAGCGAGCCGAGAUCGUUGAAUCGGGGUGAGGUACUCAGUCAGGCUAGCAGGAUUGCUGAUCUGCUCCAGAGCACUGACGUUUCGUAUUUGAACCUUCGAGCUGAUGUGGCUCCUCAACCUUGUGGCUUCAUAGGGCAUGUGGAUCUGUAUGAUGAAGUUCUUAGAUGCAACUCUGAGGCAUUUGAUUGCAGAGCUCCAGGUCCUAUUAAGGAGCCUGUACGAGUGCACAAAUCAAGUGAAGUAAAACCUUUUGAGAGCAGACCUAUUUUCGAACAACCACAGAGGGAUGUCCUAGAAAUUCACUAUAACCAACACGAAUAUGUUGCUAAUGAUGCCACUACACCUUCUAGAAAACAAAGAGGAAAGAAAAAAGCAAACGAUGAAAUUUUGAUGGCAAGCAGUAGUGAUGCUUCUGCUCACCAAGAUGCUCUAGUAACAAGCUUCCAAAAGAUGUUGGAAGACCUUUGUAUGAAGGCAAAAGUAAAUGAUGAUGAGAGGGAUGAAACAGAAUGGUUACCAUUGUCUGUUGGUGAUCUUAGAGGGCUUGUAAAUGACAUAAUGACCCUACGAGCUAAGAAAGUGCUACAUUUGAUUCAAGUAGAUAUUCUUGUGGCAGUGUUAAAGGUGUUAGAUCAACAGAUCCAUCGAGCAGAAGGUUUAUCUGUUAAUGAAUGUGAAUAUCCAGAUUCAGAGACUGUUUCAACUAUUUAUAGUGCAUUGGAGUCUGUUCAUGCAUCUUUGGCAAUUAUGGCUUACAAUGGGAUGCCUAAGCAGCUCUAUAAAGAGGAGAUCAUUGAGAGAAUCCUGGAGUUCUCUAGGCACCAAGUCAUAGAUGUGAUGCUGGCUUCUGAUCCAGUAUAUCGUGCACUGCAUAGACCAAUGGAGAAUGGGGUUGUUGAAGGUGAAGAUGAUGAGGAAGUUUAUGGGGAAUUCGGAUCAGCAUCUAAGAAGAAGCGGCCUGCAAGGACUGUGAAAAUAAGGAAGACAGCAUCAAACAAGGUAUCUGCUGCCGUGAAUAAUAUACUUCAGAAGCUUUGUGUCAUUCUUGGAUUUGUCAAGGAUUUGUGUGCAAUAGAGCGCUUAUCAGAUAGUUGCAUUCUUCAACUUGUGAAGACAUGCUUCACGACAUUUUCGGUGGAUAAUAUACAUCUUUUGCAAUUGAAAGCAAUCAGUUUGAUAAGUGGGAUAUUUUACUUGUACUCGAAUCAUCGUGCAUACAUGAUGGAUGAAACACUCCAAGUUCUUCUGAAGCUACCAUCCUCUAAGCGCAUACCUAGAACUUAUCAUCUUCCUGAGGAAGAGCAUAAGCAGAUUCAGAUUGUCACUGCUUUGUUGCUUCAGCUAGUUCACAGCAGCUCAAACCUUCCUGAAGUUUUAAAGCGAACAUUAUCUAAUAUUUCCCUAGAAGUCCCACUUGAUGCCAGUUGCCCUACAAAAUGCUACGAGUCAGUUACUGACGCUUGCUGUCUUUUCUGGAGUCGAGUGCUUCAGCGUUUGACUAAUUCAAAAAGUCAAGAAGCAUCCGAGUUGAAGAUGGUGAUGGAGAAUAUAGUCAUGGAUCUGUUAAUUACUUUGAACUUACCAGAAUAUCCUGCCUCUGCUCCUCUUUUGGAGGUUCUUUGUGUUUUACUUCUUCAAAAUGCUGGGCUGAAAUCUAAAGAUAUUUCUAUUCGCUCAAUGGCCAUUGAUCUUCUUGGUACAAUUGCUGCAAGGUUGAAACAAGAUGCAGUGCGUGUUCAGGAGGAAACAUUUUGGAUAGUGAAAGAGUUGGUUUCUGGGGACAUCAAUGAUAGCAACUCACCCCGUGAUGCAUGUUCUGUUUGUUUGGACACCAGGAAUGAAAAAUCGCUGGUUGUAUGCCGUGGUUGUGAGAGAGUAUUUCAUGUUGACUGCAUAGGAGUUAGAAAGCAUGAACUUCCUAAUCGCAACUUUCAUUGCCAGAUGUGUCUCUCUAAAAAGCAACUUCUUGCAUUGAAAUCACACUGUGAGUCCCAGGGCAUGGAUGGCAGCAAAAGUAAACGCGAGUCUAAAAAGCCUUCCCAAGCUAGUGAUUCAAUUACAAAUUUGGAGACCAUUCAGAUGCUACUUCUGACUUACCUUCAAGAGGCUGAGUCUGGAGACGAUUCAAAUAUUUUUACCCGGUGGUUUUAUCUUUGUCUAUGGUACAAAGACGAUCCUGGUUCUGAAGAGAAGUUCUACUACUAUAUCUCAAAGUUGAAUUCAAAAGCAAUUUUGCGUGAUUCUGGCUCUUUUGCAUCACUAAUGACAAGGGAUUCAGUAAAGAAGAUAACCUCGGCAUUGGGACAAAAUAAUUCUUUCUCUAGAGGAUUUGAUAAGAUUCUUCAAGUGCUUUUGGCCAGUUUACGGGAGAACUCACCUGUGAUCCGUGCAAAGGCAUUGCGAGCAGUCAGCAUCAUUGUAGAGGCCGAUCCAGAGGUUUUGUAUGAUAAGCUUGUCCAAACUGCUGUUGAAGGGAGGUUUUGUGACUCUGCUAUAUCUGUGAGAGAAGCAGCUUUGGAACUUGUUGGUCGAUACAUUGCUUCACACCCUGAUGUUGGUUUAAAGUACUUUGUGAAAGUGGCAGAGAGAGUAAAGGAUACGGGAGUAAGCGUACGGAAACGAGCUAUUAAAAUCAUACGGGACAUGUGCACUUCAAAUUCCAACUUCUCAGAGUUUUCUACUGCUUGUAUUGAGAUUAUUUCCCGUGUUAAUGAUGAAGAAUCGAGUGUGCAGGAUCUCGUGUGCAAGACAUUUUAUGACUUCUGGUUUGAUGAAUCUUCUGGUUCACAUAGUCAGUCUUUUGGAGAUGGCAGUUCUGUUCCAAUUGAGGUGUCUAAGAAAACUGAGCAAAUUGUUGACAUGAUGAGAAGGAUGCCAACCCAUCAACCUCUUGUAACUGUUAUUAAACGUAACUUAGCCCUUGAUUUCUUUCCGCAGUCAGCUAAAGCUGCUGGUAUCAACCCUGUAUCACUUGCUUCAGUUCGUAGGCGUUGUGAGCUUAUGUGCAAGUGCUUGUUGGAGAAAAUACUGCAGGUGGCAGAAAUGAAUUAUGGAGGAGAGGCUCGAAUGCUUCCAUAUAUGCUGCUGUUGCAUGCCUUUUGUGUUGUGGAUCCCACUCUUUGUGCACCAUCUUCAGAUCCUUCUAGAUUUGUGGUCACACUGCAGCCUUACUUAAAGAGUCAGGCUGACAACCGAGUAGCUGCCCAACUUCUGGAGAGUAUAAUCUUUGUAAUUGAUUCUGUUUUGCCUUUGCUACGGAAGCUUCCUCAAAGUGUUAUUGAAGAACUUGAACAAGAUCUGAAGCAAAUGAUUGUUCGGCAUUCUUUCUUAACUGUUGUCCAUGCUUGCAUCAAGUGCCUCUGCUCUGUAAGUAAAGUAGCAGGAAAAGGUGCAACAGUUGUUGAAUAUCUUGUUCAGUUAUUCUUCAGACGUUUGGGUAGCCUUGGUUUUGGUCUUGAUAAUAAGCAGCAAGUUGGUCGAUCUCUCUUCUGUUUGGGCUUGCUAAUACGCUAUGGUAGCACUUUACUGAGUGCAUCCCAACACAGCAAUAGCGUAAAUUUGGCAAGCAGCCUGGAUGUAUUUAAAAAAUAUCUACACGCUGAUGAUUUUGUGAUCAAGGUUAGGUCUUUACAGGCACUGGGAUAUGUUUUGAUCGCCCGGCCUGAUUUUAUGCUGAGAGAUGACAUGGGGAAAAUUUUGGAGGCAACACUUUCUGCUAGCACGGAUACCCGUCUCAAGAUGCAAGCAUUGCAAAACAUGUACGAAUAUCUUCUUGACGCAGAAAGUCAAAUGGGAGCAGCAGAUACGACUGGUGAAAAUGACGUUAAUAACUCAACAGACAGUAGUCAUUGUGUCCCUGUAGCUGCAGGUGCUGGUGAUACCAACAUUUGUGGAGGCAUAGUUCAGUUCUAUUGGGACAAAAUCUUAGGAAGGUCUUUAGAUGCAAAUGAACAAGUACGGCAGUCUGCUCUUAAGAUUGUAGAGAUUGUGUUGCGUCAAGGCCUAGUUCAUCCCAUCACUUGUGUUCCUUACCUUAUAGCCCUUGAAACAGAUCCAGAAGAACAGAAUUCAAAGCUAGCGCAUCAUUUGUUGAUGAACAUGAACGAAAAAUAUCCAGCCUUUUUUGAAAACCGCCUUGGGGAUGGGCUUCGAAUGUCUUUCCAGUUCAUGCAAGCCAUGAGUAAAGGUGGAUCUGACAGUCAAUAUGCCAAAGCCAAUUUUAAAGUUCCUGGAAAUGUACCAGCAAAAUCAGAUACUGGCUCAUUUACAUAUUCAAGGCUUGGUGUUUCGCGAAUUUACAAACUCAUCCGUGGGAAUCGUGUUUCAAGAAACAAAUUUAUGGCAUCAGUUGUGCGCAAAUAUGAUACACCAAGCUGGGAUGAUGCAGUUAUCCCUUUUUUGAUAUACUGUACUGAAAUCCUGGCACUGCUACCUUUUACAUUGCCUGAUGAACCGCUUUAUUUGAUCUAUACCAUAAACCGUGUUAUCCAAGUCAGAGCUGGAAAUGUGGAGGCAAAUCUGAAGGCUUUUCUUCAUUUCCUGCAAGGAAGUGAACAGAACAUAAAUGGAAAUGGGGCAGCUCAGUCUGCUAUGUAUCAGACUAGAGCUGUUGUUGACAAUGAGGUUACGCCGGAUGAGUCGACUGCUUAUCAGGGAUGUGAAUUUCGUGUGUCAUUGGAUUCAAAUGCAAAUCAUAUGCCCUCAGUAAAUCCACAUGACUUAUCGAAUGAUGUUUUGCAGAAAGUUCAGGCGGAUUUUCUGCAAGCGGGUGCACUACAACUGCUUCUGAGGCUUAAGAGGCACCUGAAGAUUAUUUAUGGACUAAAUGAUGCUCGUUGCCAGGCAUAUUCUCCCAAUGAACCUCAGAAACCUGGCGAAGUCCUUUCUAGGCAGAAUAUUCCCUUCAAUGUGAGUGACAUAAGAAUUGAUCCCCCAAUUACAUACGAAGACUUCACGAGGCGAUACCAGGACUUUAAGAAUGCAAUGAAAGAAGACACAGUUGACUAUUCAAUCUACACAGCAAAUAUAAAAAGGAAACGACCACCACCAAAAAGAGGUGGGAGAUCUGGACGAAUGGUUGGGGAUGAUUACGAAGACGAUGACGAGGAUUGGACAGGUGGGGUACGGAAGUUGAAUAACAGCGGGGGCAGAAGAAUGACUAGGCAGAGCCUGCACUUGUAAAUACUUACAGGCGAAACUGACAUGUACAGUACGUAGGAAACACAGAAAGCAAUAGUGGACAUAACAAAAAUGGAGGCAUGACAAGGAAACAGACAUCAGAAAGCAACUCCAGUCAGCCAGUUGCUGCUUUUGGUAAGGAGUUUUUGUUCCAUUUAAGGUAAUUUGCUGCAUCUAUAGAUGUAACAAUUUAACCUAGGGUUUUAGGGUUAGACGCCUUAAUCCAAUGUUUUCAUGUUGUCUACGGGGUGGUUAAUUGGGAAAUUUUUUGGGGGGAGGUUAACUCUUCGGUCAAUCUGUGUGUACAUUAUUCUGUUAGGAACUCGAUCCCAUAAAUGAAAUGCACUUUCUUUAAUUA